AUGUCGCCACUGCCUUCCGAAGACGCUGCGCCCGUCGAGACACCUGAGAUCACCGUCACCACUACAGACAACUCGAAUCAUGACGAGCCGAGUGAUGGCACCGCACACGAUGGCGCACAAGACUCAGCAGAGGAACUUCCGUCAGAUGCCGACGAGGAGGCACGACUCAAGAUGCUCACGACCGGCACACGAGCGCAGGAUGACUUGGAGCGUGAUAUUGGCAGGCAGGCGGAUCAGAUGAUGACCGAACAGGCCGAUGCACGCGACAAGAAGCGCAUAGAAAAGCUCGAAGCUGAAGCCAAGCGCGCCGAAGCUGCUAUACAAAAACUUAAGAACCGCCUGGCUCUGCCAGCUUUGGACACGCAGAAAGCUAAACUUCGUGGCGAGAUCGCAGCAUAUCGGGACAAGAUCGAUAACCUAGACCAAGAGAUGGAUGGGAUACAACAGCGUAUCAAUGAUCGUCACAAGGCGCCUGGAGUUGGUGAGGCAGCAGAAGAGGGCGCAAAAGGGCCCUUACCCAACGAAACCCGGGGCGAGUGGCUCAUUCGCACAGGCAAAAUCACACCUUUCUCCAAGUUGGCGCAGAAUCAGCCAGACUCAGGGACAUUGGGCGAGGUUAUGCUAGAUGCUGAGGCAGAGGACAUGGUAGUGGACACUGCGAAAGAACCAGUGUCACAUCGCAACCUAAUGAAACCUGGCUUCCAAGACGUCGAGUCUAGUUCAGAGGCUCCGAGCCCAAAGCCUACAGCUAGAUCCAAAAAGCGACGGAAAGUCACUCCUGUCAGCGAUACUCUAGGUUCGCGCGAGUCUAGCGCGGCACCUGGCUUCACCGAUCCUGACUCCGACGAUGCCUUCGAGCCCGGUAUGUCAGAUCGCCAGCUUGCGACUUUGGAUGAGUCCGACGAGGUUUCGGACGAUAUGGCUGAAGACGACUCAUACGCAGAGGAGACUACUAGUCGUAAACGUAAAGCCAAAAGAAAGAAAACAAAGAAAGCGAAAGCUGUUCCCGCAGAAGAAGCUGUCGUCGAGGAUUUAGCAGGUGUUGACGAUGGCAAUGAGAGGGUAUAUCGGAAGCGCAUAGAGACUUGGUCCAAGAGUCGCGCAGCUGCAAGGAGGAAGGCCAAGGCCAACAGCGGUGAGGCAACUGUAGAUGAGGAUGGUGAAGAAGAGUGUUACCAGCCUCAUCCAACUGAGGCUGACACCGAGUUCGAUAGCGGAUUCCGCAUUCCUGGAGAUAUCUACCCAGCCUUGUUCGACUAUCAGAAAACCGGCGUGCAGUGGCUCUGGGAACUAUAUUCGCAAAACGUAGGUGGUAUUAUCGGCGAUGAGAUGGGUCUGGGUAAAACCAUUCAAGCCAUCGGCUUUGUCGCCGGUCUACACUAUUCCAAGAAACUUACCAAACCUGUCAUUGUAGUGUGUCCAGCGACUGUCAUGAAGCAGUGGGUUAACGAGUUUCACCGUUGGUGGCCUGCACUCCGAGUCUCCAUUCUACACACUUCUGGUAGCGGGAUGCUGGACACUCGCCGAGAAGAUCGUAUGGAGCGAGAACUUGAGCUUCGGAACUACGGCGAUUACGACACAACUCUAACCGGUGCUGGAAAGGCUGCCAAGAAGAUCCUCGAGAAGGUCAAGCGGGACGGCCAUGUGCUUGUUACCACCUAUUCGGGACUGCAAACGUACGCUGAGUUCUUGAUUCCUACUGACUGGGAAUGCGCCAUUCUGGAUGAAGGUCAUAAGAUUAGAAACCCAAAUACUGCCAUCACAAUUCACUGUAAGGAGUUGCGAACACCGAACCGUAUCAUUCUCUCUGGUACGCCAAUGCAGAACAACCUGACAGAACUUUGGUCACUCUUCGACUUCGUGUUCCCAAUGCGAUUAGGUACUUUGGUAAACUUCCGCAACCAGUUCGAAUUUCCGAUCAAGCGUGGUGGAUACGCAAAUGCUUCAAACUUGGAGUUCGAGACAGCAGUACAGUGUGCCGAGACUCUCAAGGAUGCGAUCAGCCCAUACCUUCUGCAGCGCUUUAAGGUGGAUGUGGCGACUGAUCUGCCACAGAAAAAGGAGCAGGUGCUGUUUUGCAAGUUGACGCGUCAACAGCGUCAAGCAUACGAAGGCUUCCUAGCAUCAGAGGACAUGAAGUCGAUCGCGAGCGGCAAGCGCCAGAUGCUAUACGGUGUCGACUUUCUGCGCAAGAUCUGCAAUCAUCCUGAUCUGACGGAGCAUAAGACGUUAUCAAAGAAGCCCGGGUACGACUAUGGCAACCCUAAUAGAUCAGGCAAGAUGCAAGUCGUCAAAGAAUUACUGUCGUUGUGGAAGAAGGGCGGGCACAAGACCCUCCUCUUCGCUCAGCAUCGGAUCAUGCUGGACAUCCUGCAGAAGUUUGUUAGUCAACUACCCGACAUCAACUGGCGUCGUAUGGACGGCGAGACGCCGAUCAAGGACCGACAGAACCUUGUCGACGAAUUCAAUAACGAUCCGAACCUACACGUCUUCCUGCUCACAACCAAGGUCGGUGGUCUUGGUGUCAACUUGACAGGCGCUAACCGCGUCAUCAUCUAUGAUCCGGACUGGAACCCUUCGACCGAUAUACAGGCGCGAGAGCGCUCGUGGCGUCUUGGACAGAAGCGAGAGGUUGAAAUAUACCGUCUAAUGUCUGCAGGUACCAUUGAAGAGAAGAUUUAUCAUCGUCAGAUUUUCAAGCAGUUCCUUACAAACAAAGUGUUGAAAGACCCUAAACAGCGACAAUCGUUUCAGAUGAGCGAUCUUCAUGACUUGUUCACACUGGGUGUUGAGAAUGUCGAGGGCGAAACCGAGACAGGCAACUUGUUCCGUGGUUCGGAAGUCAAGUUUGAGGAAGACGGUAAGACUGCAGCGGUAACGACAGACGCUACAGGAGCAGAAGAGCUCGCUGCAGUAAAGGGUAUCUCGAGAGCUGAGGCUUUCAAGGCUCCUGUAUCCGAUACAGAAGACGCCACUACCACCACUGAAGAAGGCACAACAUCUGAAGAUAAGCCACCAACAGACUCUCGUCUAAUGUCAACCAUCUUCGCCAAAACAGGCGUCCACUCCGUCCUCGAACAUGACGCAAUCAUGAACUCCACAGCCGGCGGCCGCAAACGCAAAGUCCAAGCCGACCCAGCUUACAUCCAACGCGAAGCAAAACGACAAGCCGCUGUAGCAGCCGAGCAACUUAAGAAGAGCAUGCAAGAAGCCAGGAACGUGCCCGCCGGAACACCAACAUGGACCGGUCAAUUCGGCGAAGCAGGACGGCCCGACGCACCCCGCGGUCUCACAUCCACACGUGGGGGUCGAGGUGGUCGGGGUGGAGGACGCGGCGGCGCCCCCUCUUCAACAUCUAUCCUCAAUAACCUUGCCGCCCGUCAAGGUCGUCCUUCCCUCUUGAAUCCAGGUACCACAUCCGCCACCUCAUCCCGCGGCUCUACUCCCACCGCUACUGCACCGACAACACCACAGACCUUCCGCGGUCGCCGCAUGCUAGAAAUGAUCCGCGAUUUCAUGCUUACGCAUGGCGGCGUAGUACCUAGUCGUAUGCUGGUCGAUCAUUUCGACCAUUAUUGCCGUGCGCAGCCGGGUAGGAAUGAGGAGUUCAAGGAGAUGCUCAAGUUGAUUGCUACGCUUGAAGUGAGUGGGAGUGCACAGAGGGGAAGGUGGGUGCUUAAGGAUGAGUGGAGGACGCCGGCGGCGGGAAGAGGGACUGUUGGGAGAUAG